ACAUGUCAUUUCACUGAUGUUCUAUGAAUUGUCCUUAUUAAUUACAGAGAAAGAUAGGGAUAGUGAACAUAACUGAAUGUGAUUGAAAAAUAUUUUAGGAUUUGGGGCGUAUUAGAAUGAAGUAUCAGAUAAAUCAUAACCUUCUUUUAAACAUUUAUAGAUAAACAUUUAUCAAUAUGAAAAUUAAUAUACACAGUAGAGGUAUUCUUACUGAAGAAACUGGGGAGGACAACCAACAUGGGUUAAGAAAUGGACAAAGGCCGAAAACUACAUACCUUGACGAUGCAGACUCCGAACCAGAGAGCACAUAUCUACUGAAAGAAAAAGAAACUGAAGUCGGGAAUAAGUAUGACAGGAAAUCUAAACAAGUAACGAAACUUCGGAAACUUGUCGUAUUGAUAUCGUGUUUGAUACAACUUAUCAUAUGUAAUGGUAUAGGGUUCGGGUUGAGUGUUAUGUAUGCGGAACUUAUCGUUGUCUUCAAUGCCAAAAGGUCAGAUGCCGCCCUCGUUCAAAGUGUAUACAUGGGGAUCGCUACAGGAGGUGGUAUCAUUUUCUCUGGUAUGAUAAGAAAGGUAGGGCCAGGUAUCAGUAUAGUGAUUGGGUCUGUCGUCUGCUGCAUUGGUCUUUUGGCGAGUUCGUUUGCAACUGGUCUAGUUACAAUAAUCAUGUGUACAGGAGUUAUAUCAGCAAGUGGAAUGUGUGUAUGUUACUUAUCAGCCUUCAUGACAGUCAGCUGGGUGUUCCACGAGAAUGCAAGCUUUUACCUCGUGUCUCUCAUGGUCGGUUCUAGUAUUGGCCAGUUUGUAAUUCCGAUAUUUUAUGAGCUUUUUAUUACCGAAUACUCUUGGUCAGGAGCGUUUAUUGUAAUCGCUGGUUUUGGGCUUCAGUGUAUACCCUUUGGAUUAGUAAUACAUUUUUGCAAGGAUUAUUUUGUUACUGGAACUGUCCAGCAUGUUAAGUCAAAGAAACAGAGUUCUUUCUGUGAUAUUACACUUUUGAAAGACUUUGUGAUAUGGAUUUUAUGGAUAAAUUUUCAUCUGCUUGCUUUAACAGGAAAUGCUGAAUCUUGGUUUAUUGUUGACCUCAUGGUAUCACGUGGAUUUUCUCGCCAGUCAGGUUCGGUAUUAGUAUCAGCCAUAGGAAUCGCUAGUCUGAUUGGUCGAUUAAUGGGCGGGGUUCUCCGCCUCAAAUGCACAAAAUGGCCAACACUGUGGCAUUGGUUAUACUUGUGCCCUAUCACCGCCGCCACGCAUGUGCUGGUUGUAAACUUCUUCAAUAUUUGGUCGAUUAUGGGAGCAUGCAUUGCAUAUGGAAUUUCUUUUGGGGCAAUAGCCGCACAGGCUCCAGCUGUUAUGUUCGAAGCAUCAGGAUUGGACAGAUAUCCGCAAGGAAUGGCUAUGGUGAACUUAAUGUAUGGCUUUGGAAAUGUAUUCAGCGGACUACUUGGAGGUUAUAUCAGAGACACUGUCGGCGACUAUGAUAUUGCUUUCUACAUUGCUGCUGGUACAAGUCUGUAUAUUGGUAUUGCAAGUGCAGUAGCUGCUUUCUUCUUUUGGAGACGUAAUCAACGAGCAUCCGAUGAAAAGAGAUAUUCCGAAUAUACACGUUUAACGUGAAACUAGUUCUGGAUUGAAGACUUCAGUUAUCUGAUUCCUUGGAAUCAUUGAGCAUUUAUAUUCGCGGCUGGUCCUGAUCCAUGGGUUGCCGACUGCUUCUACAUUUUGGUUUGGGGUGCUCUGUGCUUCCGAAAAAUCUACCCUUACCAUUUAUCUUUUAAGAAGUUCAGUUAAGUCUGUACUGCACUAAUUAUUUCAUUUCUGUAGUAAGAGACAUUUUUUGCCGCCGACAGUUGUUGUCAUAGUUAAUAAAAUACACAAUAUCUUUUAAAAGCAAAUAUUACAACCAAGCAAAAUAAUAUCACUCUUGGUAGAGUUUAUUCGUGACAGGUAAUGAAAUGUGCAACACCUCCCACGUUCCCUAGCACAGGCUUAAGCAGAAUUUUACUCUGCAUAACACUGAAUUGACUACAUGAUCACAAAAGACCAGGAAAUAUGACAACAAUGAGUCCAUGUACUUGAAGACUUAAAAUAAAGUCUACAUGAAGAUCCCUUAGGAGCAUAAAAUACAGCCAAGCAAAAUAACAGCACACUCAGAUUUACUGAAUCUAUUAAUGUGAAGUAAGGAAUUGUGAAACAACGCUCAAACCUAAUAGCACAGGCUUAAGCAAUACGCGCAUGUCAACUUCAUGUUGAUCAUAUACACUAAGUAUAAUCUGAAUCUUGCUGUGCUGUUACAGUAGCGGUUUUCUUCCAUUGGAGACAUAAUCAAAGAGCAUCUGAAGAAAAGAGAUAUUCCGAAUCUACAUUUUAAUGUAAAACAAAUUCAAGUGGAUUACAAGUGUUGCUUUAAUUUUACUCGACUUGCCUUUAUUGUGAUGUUUCUGGAUAAAAAUAACUUAUAAGUAUGAAUACUUCAUAAACAAAUGGCCGUAAACAGUCAACUUAUUUGGUUAUUUGAGGUUACGGGGUCGUAUAUCUGUAUAAAAGACUUCCGCUGGGGCAUGAAAGGGGCUCUAUGGGGGUCAUUCUAAAAAUAAUGACAGUAGUGCUGACAUAUGGUACACAGUCUGUAAACAGACUGGUCCACUUUUUCUAUUUUAUUAUCACAGCAGCGUUGUUUGUGCCGUGUGGCGGCCGUAAAAAGUCUCCCCGUACAUUCAAUCACGGCUGUUAUAAUUCGAUCUUCUCAGAUCGUUCAGCACGACUUUUAUGUUGUGUUAUUGGUACUGUUUAGUUUCUCAGCAUGACCGUUUCGGCCUGGGUGGUUCCAACACUCCCGCUUUCAUAGCCUUUGGUAUUGUAUAAUCACCCCAUGGAUAUGGUGCCUACUUUUUAAUUUUGUCUUUUGACAGUUCCUGUGAUAUGCAGGCUCCAUAACCUCAGAUCCCCUUUCUAAAUUCCAGUUUGUUUAGUUCUGCCCAUUGUUUUCUCGUUUGGGGCAAACCUAUUACUUCAUCUGGGGACCAAACGCCGCUGUUCACGGAAUUACACGCCACAACCCAUGUAUCAUUGAAGGUUCCAUGUUCACCGCCGUUUGAAUACAUCUGCGGAUGUCUCUAAAUUGCUUUUUGUACUUUUAGCAUGUGUAAAUGUUGAGUUCUGCUCAACCCGCCGCUAGAGGGCGUGGACGGUAGCAUGCAUUUCCACUACCGUCCAUGAACAGGCUCGAUCAAACCGAGCCUGCAACAUUUUCGUAGUUGUCGUGUUGAGCGACCUGUGAAGUUUCCAGUUUUUCUAUUCAAAUUAACUUCAUCUCUUCAAAGUAUUGCCCUUAAUUUCCAAGCACUUCCGCAGUUGAGAAAUCUAAGAGGUGCAUGAACGCUUCAGAGUAGUCUCUCAUUGGUAUGGUCUUAAGUAACUGCAAAAUACCACCUAAAUGUUUUAUUCAAUAAAUAUUUGCGUAAAGUCGGCAUCUUUUUCAGACUUGGAAAGAGGAAGAAGUCACAAGGACUAAGAUCUAUUGAAUAAGCGGGAUGAUUGAUAUGUACUACAGACUGAUCUCUCAUGCAUUUUGGAGCGAUUACACUUUUGGAGCCGGAGCGUUGUCAUAGAUCACCUGGAGGCCAUGAAGACCAGUCCUUGGACGCAUUUUUUUCCUGAAACAGCUUUCAGUACUUUGUCCCUUUAAAACUUUCCAAUGACUUACUUGAAUCUGUACGAAAGUUCCCCUUGACUUAAAGAAUACAAAACCUUUUUUUACAAUUUUAGUUAUUUUCUUUCAAAUAACUGGUCUACGGGUCACCUCUUUGCAACCACUGUUUGUUGUCAACGAUGCGGCUCCUAAAAGUAUUUCCGGGUUUCCUGUUAGGAGCUGUGACAUUGUGCAAUCAUCAAAAUCCAAGAUCUUUUUCAGCGUUUCUUUACCACACUUCAUCCUAUCGGCUUUUUGCUUCUAGGUUACGUGAAGCACCCACUGGAUAAAAACUUUUCUUAAUCCCAAGUGCUAAGUGUGAAUCUCAUGAGUUCUCCCCGUUGAUAUGCCAAGAAAGGAAGCUAUCUCGGACACUGUAUCCCUGCCGUUUUCAUCAAUCAGACGUCUUAUAAAUUUACGUACCCAGUUUUCUAUGACACUGCAGACUUUCCAUAUGAAGUAUGCAGUUCACUGAGUAUCUGCCUUUCACGUAUUCCUAAAAAACAACGUACUUUAAAUUUUGUUCGCUUUUCAUAAAUAUGUGUAUAUUGCUAAGUGUAUAUGACUACAUCUGAUACAAAACUAGAUAUCUCCAAAACGGUAGAUAGUUUUUAGUAAAACUUUGCAGGAUUAUAAAGGAGUCAUUCAUGUAUCAUUCAUGUCA